CAAUCCUCUCACCCAAGCCAGCCACAGAGGAGAAGCGAGAGGGUUAGCAUGGCGGUUGACUAUGGGAGCAGGGAGGAGAGGUGGAGCCUGGCCGGCACCACCGCGCUCGUCACCGGCGGUAGCAAAGGGAUUGGGCAUGCCAUCGUGGAGGAGCUUGCCGGGUUUGGGGCGAGGGUGCACACCUGCUCCCGGAAUGGGGCGGAGCUAGAGGAGUGCCGUCGACGGUGGGAGGAGAAGAACCUGCAGGUCACCGCCUCCGUCUGUGAUGUUUCCAUACGUGCCGACAGGGAGAAGCUUAUGGAAACAGUCCGAGAAACUUUCAAUGGCAAGCUUGACAUACUAGUGAACAAUGCAGGGCAAUUGCUCUUCAAGCCCACUACUGAAUGUACAGUGGAGGAAUACUCAAAUCUGCUAACCACCAACUUGGAGUCGAGCUUCCAUCUCAGCCAGCUCGCACACCCUCUUCUCAUACACGCUUCUAUUGCCGGAGGAGGCAGCAUCAUCAACAUGUCCUCCAUUGGAGGCUCAAUCGGCUAUGCAGGCUCCGCAAUUUAUGCUACCACAAAAGGUGCAAUGAACCAACUUACAAGGAGUUUGGCCACCGAGUGGGCCUCUGACAAGAUUCGUGUGAAUGGCAUCGCCCCAGGAUUUGUCACAACCGACAUGCUUAAAGAUAUAGAUACAGAGUACGUGAAGGAAGAGCACUCGAAGACCCCAUUGGGACGGAGCGGCAAGCCGGUGGAGAUAGCCUCGGCAGUGUCAUUUUUGUGUAUGCCGGCAGCUUCUUUCAUCACCGGCCAGAUCAUUUGCAUCGAUGGUGGUCGAACCAUUAGUGCUUAGCCAUCACCACCGCUCCAUAAGUUAUUGAAUAUUUGGCGAAUACCACCGUGGGAGAGUGAAAUAAUAAUAAAUAUGAAUCAAUAAAUAAAUAAUGCCAACAAAUAACUCGCACCAUGGUGAACGCCUUUCAAGAAAUGUCACGAGAUAGCAUAUGUGUACGUGCGCAAAUUUCUGCCUAGUCUUUGUACUGAACAUAUGUAAUGGUGAUUCUAGUUAGCAACUUAAUUAAGAUGGAUUGUAAUGUCUUUUAUGCCGAA